AUGCGCCAUCUAGUCACGUCAACUUUGUCAUUCGUCCGAAUUCUUUUAAAGAUCGCAGUUGACUUGAUGAGCAAUAAAAAAGCACAAUUUAGCUACUAUGGUGAUGACGAUCGUUUAGUGUCAGAAGUUUACCGUACUCAUUCCCAAUGCCACGUUAAUAAACCGAACAGAAAAAUACGCACUAUUCUUCGUACUUUACCCUUUGAUCAAUCUCCAUAA